UAAAAAGGAGCUAGUCUUUCAUUUCUCUUCUUUUCUUCAUGUCUCAGUUGAAAGCUUAUGCUAUAUUUCAGUCUGUAACCAGAUACAGGAGACAAACUUUCCCAGAAGUUCCUGACGUUAUCAGCAGUAUAAGGCAAGCCUCCAAAGCAGCCCUGAAGGAGGAUGCUAAGUCCAGUAAAGAUAGCGAAGAAGCCUUUUACAACUCCCAAAAAUUUGAGGUGUUGUAUUGUGGAAAGGUGACGGUGGCUCACAAGAAAGCCCCCUCCACCCUAAUUGAUGACUGCAUUGAGAAAUUCAGUCUUCAUGAGCGCCAGCGCCUGAAGCUGUUGAGUGAGCAGCGGAGUACAGAUUCGAGUUCAGAGUUAACCUUGGGUGAAGGAGACUUGCCCACUUCUCCAACAGAUAGUCCAUUUGAGGAGCUAGAUGGCACCAAUGCCUCCACUGGGAUGUUUACAAUUGGUAGCCAGACCAAUCUGGUCAGCCUGGUGGGCACUCGUGGCUCCUUUCCUGAGCGAAUUUUGGAAGAUUCAGGCUUUGAUGAACAGCAGGAGUUCCGCUCCCGGUGUAGCAGUGUCACUGCCAUUAUGCAAAGGCGGGUUCAUGAUACCAACCUGAAAAUACAGCCUCGAAGGAGACAUGCAAGUGCACCGAGUCAUGUUCAGCCCUCAGAUUCUGAGAAGAACAGAACGAUGUUGUUUCAGGUUGGACGAUUUGAAAUUAACCUAAUCAGCCCAGAUACCAAAUCUGUUGUGCUUGAAAAGAAUUUUAAAGAUAUCUCCUCAUGUUCUCAGGGUAUAAAACAUGUUGAUCAUUUUGGCUUUAUUUGUCGCGAAUCUAUUGAACCUGGGCUAAGCCAGUAUGUCUGCUAUGUGUUCCAGUGUGCAAGCGAGUCUUUGGUUGAUGAGAUAAUGCUUACCCUGAAACAAGCCUUUAGCACGGCUGCAGCUCUACAGAAUGCCAAGACUCAGAUUAAACUCUGUGAGGCCUGUCCUAUGCACUCCUUACAUAAACUCUGCGAAAGAAUCGAAGGUCUUUACCCACCAAGAGCCAAACUUGUCAUUCAGAGACACCUGUCAUCACUUACUGAUAAUGAACAAGCAGACAUUUUUGAACGUGUUCAGAAAAUGAAGCCUGCCAAUGACCAAGAAGAAAAUGAGCUUGUGAUCUUGCAUCUGCGGCAGCUGUGUGAAGCUAAACAGAAGACGCAUAUUCAUAUUGGGGAAGUGCCGUCGAACAUUUCUGGCAGUGCAAUUCCAGAAAACACUGCUAGUGGUGGCAGAUUUAAACUUGACAUUCUGAAAAACAAGGCCAAGAAAUCCUUGACUAGCUCCCUGGAAAAUAUCUUCUCGAGGGGAGCUAACAGAAUGCGAGGCCGUCUGGGAAGUAUGGACAGCUUUGAACGAAGCAAUAGCAUUGCUUCUGACAAGGACUGUUCUCCUGGUGAUUCACCUCCUGCCACUCCUCCAGCUUCCCCGGUGUCUUCAGGCUGGCAGCCAUUUCCUGAGGAGGACUCGGAUUCUCCCCAGUUCAGAAGGCGUGCACACACGUUCAGCCACCCACCAUCCAGUGCCAAGAGGCGGAUUGCUUUCCAGGAUGGAAGAUCCCAGAGCGUUAAGUCCCCUCUUCUGAGACAGAAUUCUACUGAGCCCAACGGUCUUACUGCUAUAACUCGGCGCUCUCGCUGUGAGAGUGAAUCUGCAUCUUCCAGUCUCCCUUCUUCUUUCUCUGCCCCUUCUUUCCUGAAAAGCUUUUACCAGGGUUCAGGAAAGCUGCUCCAGCAGUCAGAAAAUGACCUCUCCAAGAGUGAAGGGGAGGGAAGGAAAAGGACUUUAUCUGUGUGCAGCAAUGACUCUCUAAAUGCCGCCGGGGUCACUCUCACCCCCCGCCGCAUCUCUUGGCGGCAGCGGAUCUUCCUGCGGGUAGCUUCACCAAUGAACAAAUCUCCUGCUAAGAUGCAACACCACCCAGAUGGCCGUGAGGGGAAUGAAUUGUUACCCCUGUCUCCUCUUGCUCCACCCUUGGAGGAGGAUCCUCUUAUUCCUGUGCUGCAAAAUGAGGAUAUCCCAGAUAAGGCUGGAGAGGGGAAAAAUUCAGAAGAGCUGCAGAGUCUGUGGAGAAAAGCCAUCCAUCAGCAAAUCCUGUUGCUUCGAAUGGAAAAAGAAAACCAGAAGCUGGAAGCAAGCAGAGAUGAACUCCAAUCAAGGAAAGUAAAACUGGACUAUGAAGAAGUUGUUGGUACUUGUCAGAAAGAUGUCAUAAAUAUCUGGGAUAAAAAGUUACUAAACUGCAGAGCCAAAAUCAGAUGCGAUAUGGAAGAUAUUCAUGCCACUCUUAAAGAAGGUGUACCAAAGAGCCGCCGGGGAGAAAUCUGGCAAUUCCUAGCUGUACAGCACCGUGUAAGACACAGACUCCCAAGCAAACAACAACCUCCAGACAUCUCCUACAAAGAGCUCCUGAAACAACUGACUGCUCAGCAGCAUGCUAUUCUUGUAGAUCUAGGAAGGACAUUCCCCACACAUCCUUACUUUUCUGCCCAGUUGGGAGCAGGACAGCUGUCACUUUUUAAUCUUCUGAAAGCUUAUUCUUUGCUGGACAAGGAAGUGGGUUAUUGCCAGGGUAUCAGCUUUGUGGCUGGAGUAUUGCUUCUGCACAUGAGUGAAGAGCAAGCCUUUGAAAUGCUGAAGUUCCUCAUGUAUGACCUGGGCUUCCGUAAACAGUACAGGCCGGACAUGAUGUCACUACAGAUUCAGAUGUAUCAGCUGUCAAGACUUCUCCAUGAUUAUCACAGAGACCUGUACAACCAUCUUGAAGAGAAUGAAAUUAGCCCCAGUCUGUACGCUGCACCCUGGUUUCUUACCUUGUUUGCUUCUCAGUUUCCAUUAGGAUUCGUAGCCAGAGUAUUUGACAUUAUUUUUCUUCAAGGAACAGAAGUCAUAUUUAAAGUAGCGCUGAGUCUACUAAGCAGCCAGGAAGCACUUAUAAUGGGAUGUGAGACCUUUGAGAAUAUUGUUGAUUUCCUUAAAAUCACUAUCCCAGACAUGACUCAGUCUCAAAUGGAAAAGAUUAUUACCCAGGUUUUUGAGAUGGAUAUUUCCAAGCAGCUUCAUGCCUAUGAAGUAGAGUACCAUGUACUACAGGAUGAGCUACAGGAAGGUGCAAAUCCUUGUGGUGAUGGUGAACCUCUAGAAAAACUGGAGAGGGCAAACAGUCAGCUAAAGAGACAAAACAUGGACUUAUUGGAGAAGCUACAGGUAGCUCAUGCUAAAAUUCAGAGUCUGGAAUCCAACCUAGAAAAUAUUUUGACUCGAGAGAACAAAAUGAAGAGCUUAAUCCAGUCCUUGGAGCAGGAGAAAAUUGCUUAUCAAAAUACUCUUGAGCAAAUAACUAAACAUCUGCCAGCAGAAACACUGUCUAACUGUGAACUGCUUCUCAAGGAAGUAAACUGUAACCCAAACAAUUAAGCAAAGCAAGGAAAUAAGCCAUAAAUAAGUUGUGGGCAGCAUAAUUUCAAGUAAUUAAGGGAAAAAAAACAGCGUGCUGCUUUAGGAGGACUCAGAAAGCAAUAGGUAAUGGUGUCGCCCAAAACUGGUAUUGGGACACCGAAUAGCAGCAAGUUGGCCUUUUAAAUCUCAGUAUGCAAAUCCAGGCUAUUAAAAAUAGUUGUUGUGUUUUUUUUAAAUGCUUGUGUAAAUAAAUCACAAUGGGAGAAUAUAUUUCUCAAACUAAUUAUGACAAGUAGAUGUAUAUUUAGAGUUGAUUUAAAGGUCAACAUCACUAAAAGAGAAGAGGGUGGUAAAUUAAAACUAGAUGCGCACGCUCUCCAUUUUUGCUUUUUUUUUCUUUUUCUUUGGUCUGGUAGUGAAAUGAGGGUAUUGUGUCUUAUAUAUAUAUAUUGAAUAAUACUUGAAAAAAUGAAUGUAUUUUCCUCCAAAGAACAGCAUGUUUCACAUGUUUUGUGGAAAAUCUAUGUAAAAUUCAUGUGUGCCUGUCAUUCAUUCUACUGACUGUGUGUGUGGGUGUGUGAGAUAACAAAGGAUGGCUGUUGCUAUGAGGUUCUUACAGGGAGAAUUAUGCCAUACACUGCCUGGAAUGUGCCAGUCAGCAAGUUGCUUCCGCAUGCACGUUGCAACAAAGAUAAGCAUCAUGUCACAGCUAAGUGUAAGUAACUCCAAAUAGGUCAUAAGAUCCCAAAGUGGCUUACCUUGCUUCUUCCCUCUUCCACACUCUGAGUUUGGUAGUAGUUGAAGGAAGAAAAUGAAGCUCCAGAGUAGUCUCCAUUUGGACUUUUGUUUCCUGCGAGUGACUUGCUGUGGUCGCAUGUUUAAAACUUACGUGGGGGUUUCAAGUCACCAGAGGAACCUUUUAAGAAAUCUUUUAAAAAAACUCUUUUGGAAGGUCUGUGAACUCUUUGAUAAUUUUGGGGAAUAAGCGCUAACAAUUUUCAGGGACUUGACUCUGUAAAAGGAUAGGGAGAGGAUUUGUCA